AUGCGUUUCUCCGAGCUCGCCCUCAUCAUUGCCUUCCUAGGCUUCACAAACGUCCGCCUCGUCCACGCCCAGGGCGGUUUCGGCGGCGGUGGUUUCGGCGGUGGCGGCUUUGGUGGUGGUUUCGGUGGUAAUGGAUUCGGAGGUAACAACAAUAACAACAACAACAACGGCGGCAACAACGGCGGGAACAACAACAACAAUAAUAACAACAACAACAACAACAACAACAACAACGGAGGCAACAAUGGAGGCAACAACAACGCCCUUGCUCUGGACCAGAACAACGUUCAAGAUGCCUCUCAGUCCACCGGCCAGGAUGGCAACGCCGAAGCGGGUCAAGCCGACUCCGCCACGGAUGACGCCAACUUCAUCAACUUCUGUUCCGGCGAGACUCUAACCAACGGCCAACAGGUCCAAAGUGGCUCUUGUAACGGCAUCGUCAUGGGCAAGAUCCCCGCGCAGAACCAGAUGGUUUCCUCCAUAAUCGUCUCCCCCCAGCCGAACGAGGACAUUGAGGAAAACCAGGACUUCGACAUUCAGGUGCAGACGGCUAACCUUGCUGCCGGCUCUUUCACGAACCCGGACAAUACCUACUACGCAGCCCCCCAGGAUCUCGACGGCAGCGGCAUUGUUAUCGGCCACACCCACGUCACCGUCCAGGAUAUGGGCGGCAGCAUGACGCCGACCCAGGCACUCGACGCCUCGCAGUUUGCCUUCUUCAAGGGUAUCAACGACGACGGUAACGGCCAAGGUCUGCUCUCUGCUACUGUUACCGGCGGUCUGCCCGCUGGUGUCUACCGUGUUUGCACCAUGAGCUCCGCGUCCAACCACCAGCCCGUCCUCAUGCCCGUCGCUCAGCGCGGCGCCCAGGAUGACUGCACCAAGUUCACCGUUGGCCAGGGCAACAACGGCGGCAACAACAAUAACAACAACGGCGGCAACAACAACAACAACGGUGGCAACAACAAUAACAACAACAACAACAACGGCGGCGGCAACAACGGCGGCAACAACGGUGGCAACAACGGUGGCAACAACGGUGGCUUCGGUGGCUUUGGCGGCGGCGGCUUCGGGUCUGGCAAGGGGGUCUCUGGCGGCGGAUUUGGCGGAUUCGGUGGAUUCGGCCGCCGCACCAAGAAGUUCUCCGAGCGUGCAUUCAUCGCUUAG